GGAAAUGUAGUUCUCCGGGACCAGAAGUACUGAGUAGAGCCAUGUCCUCAGUUUGAUUGGAAAUGGUGGCUUAGAAAUGGACUUGAUAGAGGACCUUGAGUCCCUGAAGUUUGAACAUGGGAUUCAGGAGCAAGACUACAGCUGGCUGUACUUGCAGGGUCGUUUCCGGGGACUGAUGGUCAAGGCUUGUGCCCAUGCAACCUUCUUCUGCAAGCUGCUCCAUAAAUUGAGAGCAUCACUACCUGAGAAACUAACCAACUUGGGGGAAUCGCUAGAUAACAGCGCUGCUGCUGAUGAGCUGAGAGUGGGCAUUAUUGGAGGCGGCCACCUUGGGAAGCAGCUGGCUCUGACACUGCUUCAGCUUGUCCCCCUCCCUGCGAGGAACCUUCGGAUCUCCACGCGGAGGCCAGAGACCCUGGGUGAGUUCCAGAAACUCGGAAUCCAGUGUUUCUACCAUAACACUAAACUGGUCGAGUGGGCCAACGUGGUAUUCCUCUGUUGCCUGCCAGCCCAGCUGUCUCAUAUCUGUGUCAAAAUUCAACCCAGCCUCAAGGAAGUCUGCAUCGUGUACAGCUUUGUCGCUGCCAUCCCAAUAGCCAGAUUGAAACUCCUACUGAACCACACCAACAUCUUGCGGCCUCAGUAUCAGUGUGUUGCAGAUUUUGUCAACUUCUGGGGGACCAAUAAGGACGUCACAGCUGCUCUCCAAGACCCCGCAAUUCUUCAGGCCACCUGUCCCUACAGCUCUGCUGGGGGGAUUGUCCUCAACAUCAAAUGGUUGGAGGGAGUGUUCUACGCGUUCCUGAACAUCUGCACGGCCAAGGGCCUGCCCCAGACACAGGUGAUGCAGCUCCUGAAUGAGCUUUUCCUCUCGGUGCACGCUGAAGACUGUGCGGAAGGUAGAGCCAAUUGCCCCAAAUUUCAGUUACAGGACUUUGUCAGCAGACUCUAUGUUAAGAGACUCCCUCAUAAAAGAUUUCUUCCCCGGUUCGAUCUAACUGCUGUGCAACUCAGUGAAACACCCUUUAGCCAGCAUCUCUCGGCCAACACUGCUCUCCAGGACCACCUCACCUAUCUAUACUGUGAUUCAUUUGGCAUCUCCCUAAGUAAACAACAUUCAACAGUGGAUUCCAUGGACUCUACAUCCCCAUAAGAGACCUCAGGAGUCAGGACUUUCUUGCCUUUGUCUAUUAGCUCUACAUUGGUUGUCUCCUGAUUGUCACAAUUGACAGUGGGGGUCAUGCAACUGUAUUGUUCGAUAUUAAGGAAUUACAUAUUGAUAUGUUCGAUAUUAAGGAAUUACAUAAUUCUACUGAUGGCUCUUUCAAAUGUAGAGUAAUGUAGAGUAAAACAAGAGGUCUUUUACACUGGUAUCUUCAGGAGGGUUUGACUUUUAGAAGCAAUCUAACAAAACUAUGUAACCUGACAUACUAAGUAAGCUGAUUCCCCACAAAAGCCUUGCUAAUAUAAACUCAUUUCUCUUCUAAAAGCUAAAUAAUCUGUAAUGUCAUUAUUGGACAAUUACAUACUGUCGCUUCUUUUCCUAUAGCAAUAUGUAGCUGACAAAUGAUACAGCUUGAUUUUCCUACCAUUUUGGCUAGAGAAAUAAAAUGUAUGGCAAACAAUAUCA